AUGGAUAAUUUGGGGUUUACAGCUAGGGGCAGGGAUUUGGGCCAGCAGCCUGCAAGGCUGCUUCUAAAUUCCUCUCCCGUUGGGAUUAGAGGGGGGGAUUUAACCGAAUUGCAGUGUACACAGGCUAAAAUUGCUUCUAGCUUGAAUCGUGCUGCUUGGGAGCAGAAUCCAAGUGGAUUUCUUCCAAAGUCGCCUUUCGACGACUAUGCUGUUGCGCACAAGUUAGCUCUGCCAUGCUUACCAUCACAAGGAAAGUAUCUUGUCCACACAUCACCAAGGAAAGCAUAUCGACCAAGGAGGUGGAGAAGAUUGGGGAGGGAAUUAAGAGUCAACCCAUUAGAUCUAGAUGUCAAUUUCUUGGUGCUAGCCACUGGCUACUCAUUAGGGAUAGUAUCAAAGAAUAUAGACCAAAGGAUAUUAAGUCCCAGCUUUAUUGCAAGAAAAUUCUUAGUGGGGUCAAUGAUAGAUGGACAUCGGAAGGGGAAAAGGAUUAGGGUGAAGGAUUUUUGUUUGGGUGGAGUAGGUUGCAAGACACGUCGACGGGCUAUUAGGACCAAGGGAGAGACUUCCUUCGGUGAAUCUUACCUGAUGGCAUCUGAUGCAGGUGAUGCUUUUAGCAACAACAGGCAUCAAACAAUGUCGAUGAGUUACGAUGGGUCUCAAAGUGAGGAUCGGCAAAGUGAGGAGGUUCAGUCAGCAUACAAAAAGUUCAGUGCAGGGGAUGAGGACGUGGUAAGGGGUUUUGUAAAUUUGGAUGAAACCGAAGAGCAAAAUGAAGAAAAUGAGUGGAGUUGGGUGCCCCAAGAGGAGGAUCCUCUUGCUGAAUCAGCUUCUUCGCUUGAGAAAGCACAAGAAGUUCUUGAAAAAUUCUUCAAGAAAAAUGAAGAUCUUGAAAGUGAGAUGCUGAAAUUGUCAGAACUUGGCAAGGAGUUUGUGGCUGAGGAUUCACAUGAUGGCAACAUAGGUUUGCCUUAUAUAGAGGCUGAUGUACUGGGGAUGAAUCAAAAGAUGGAAUGUCUUGAACAGAAACUGAAAGAAGCGUCAGAUACUAUCACAGAGAAGGAUUCAAGAUUAUCCGAGCUCCAGUCACUUAUCAACAGUGCACAUACACCAACGCUGCAGACGGAGCCCGUCAACAUUGAUGAGUUGGAGACCGAGCUUGAAAGCCACCUUCAGGACAAAAUCGAAGCCGAGAUUCAGUGUCUGGUCAUGGUGAAAGCGAGGCAAAACUGGCAAGCCCGGGCCGAGGACCAGAUCGCGUUGGAGGAGCACAGGCUCUCCGCCGGAGAUGACACGACGAUGUUGCUCAAGCUACAAGACACGGAGAAGAAGAUUGUGAUGCUGAAAGAGCAGGUGGACAGACUAGAGGCCCACGAGAAGGAGCUGUCGGUGACGACGGAGGUCCUGAGGAUGCAAAGCAAGACCUUCAAGAUCGGCCUCUUCGGUCUCCUCCAGCUGAUCAUGCUGUUCCUUUCCCUCAAGAUGUUCUUCGCCCAGGACUCUGCCCGCUUCGGCGAUCUCGUGCCGACAUGA